UAUAGACCCAAUCGGCAUUUUCUCUCUCUAAGAACAACACCCGCGUCCUCUCCCUUUCUCUCUCUAAAGCGCCUCCAUGGGCUUCCCAGUGGGAUACACAGAGGUCUUCGUCUUCCCCAACCUCUUCCUCCACACACUCUCUCUCCUCGGCUUCAUCCGAAGCCUCAUUUUCUCGCUCUUCCACUUUCUGGGUCUCUCCGAAUUUCUCGAAACCGACGACAUCGUUUGGCCGGAGUCCGGAUCCCACCCGCCUGAAAACCCAUCCGCGUCGGCCCUCCUGAUCAAGGAAUUUCUCCCCGUCAUCAAAUUCCGCGACGUCGCCGGGGACCCUGCGGAGAGUUGCGCCGUCUGCCUGUACGAGUUCGAGGUGGAGGACGAGAUCAGGUGUUUGACGAAUUGCAAGCACAUUUUUCACCGGGCGUGUUUGGACCGUUGGAUGGACCACGAUCAGAAGACGUGCCCGCUUUGUAGGACGGCGUUCGUGCCCGAUGAGAUGAGCGAUGAGUUUUAUCAACGGCUCUUUGCCGCCUCUGAGAUUGACCAUGAUUAUUACAGUGAGUACAGUUCGGUUUGAGGAAGCUGGAAUUGGUGGGUUUUUUUGUUUACCUUGUAAUCGGUAAAAUUUCAGCAUAAAAUGUAAAUACACAUGAAAUUUUGGUGCCAAAUUUGAAGAAGCAAAAGAAAAAAUAGGGAAAAGAGAGAAGAUUUUGGAUCAUUUCUCUCUUUUGUUUUUGUAUAUUUUGAUAUUGAAAUACAAAUGCUACGUGAUUCUCCUUCUUAUCA